CUCGCCCGCCGCCGCUGCUCCUGCAGAGGGGCGUCGGCGCGUGGCACCGCCGGCGGCCAACGGCGGCCCCUGCAGGGCGGCGUCGAUGGCGAUGCCGGCCGCAGGGUUCGUGCGCGGCGCCGCCGUUUGGCCUUUGCCGUGCGGCGGGUCCCGCUACGUGGCUCCACCAGCGGGUGUCGGGAUGCCCGCCGCCCGAACGGCUCCUGAGGCGGCGGCUUCCGGUGGCGAUGCCGCCGCAGGGGUCGUAUUGGCGCCGCGCCGCUGUGGCCUGUGCCGUGCGGCGGGUCCUACGUGGCGCCACCAGCGGGUGCGGCGAUGCCCCCGAACGGCUCCUAUGCGGCGGCUCCGGUGGCGAUGCCGCCGCAGGGUUCGUACGUGGCGCCGCCCGCCGUGGCACUGCCAUGCGGCGGGUCCUACGUGGCGCCACCAGCGGGUGCGGCGAUGCCCCCGAACGGCUCCUAUGCGGCGGCUCCGGUGGCGAUGCCACCGCAGGGUUCGUAUGUGGCGCCGCCCGCCGUGGCACUGCCGUGCGGCGGGUCCUACGUGGCGCCACCAGCGGGUGCGGCGAUGCCACCGAACGGCUCCUAUGCGGCGGCUCCGGUGGCGAUGCUUCCGCAGGGUUCGUACGUGGCGCCGCCCGCUGUGGCACUGCCAUGCGGCGGGUCCUACGUGGCGCCGGCGCCAGCGGCGAUGCCACCCGGCGGGUCAUACGCGGGUCCUGUGGCGCCACCCGGGAACGGCCACCCCACGAGCUUCCCAGAGUGGGUUUACACCCCCGAGAACGGCGCGGAGAUCGACAUCCGCGCCGGUCCGCACAUCGACGCCGAGAGGAGCCCGUACACGCUGGACCCCGGCGACGUGUUCCAGGCGUGCGAGGAGCGGCUCGGCGCCCAGGGUGUGCUGUACCUGAAGCUGGCAGACGGCCGCGGGUGGGUGUUCGACAGGAAGCCCGGCGUCGGCUUGAUGUGCUCGCGGCUGGCGAGGUUCCUCGGCUCCGCGCACGUCCCCCCCGCGGCCCCGCACGGCGCGCUGGAGGCCGUCCCCGUGUGGGUGCACUCCGCGUGGGUCCACGCCCCGGAGCACCCCGCCCCCCUGGCGCUGCGGGUCGCGCCAGACAUCGGCGCCCCGAGGACGGGCAGCGUCCUGGUGCCGGGCGAGGAGUUCGCCGUGAGCGAGGAGCUCCUGGGCGCGGGCGGGGUUUUGUACCUGAGGCUGUCCGACGGCCGGGGCUGGGCGUUCGACCGCAAGCCCGGCGUGGGCAGCACGUGCUCGAGGAAGCCCGGCCUCUCCGCCAGAUCCGCCGCGCCCACCGCGCCGGGGAGCCUCCAGGCCCCCGCCGGCGCCGCUGGCGGGGCGCUUACGCCCGGCGCCCCCGCGCCGCCCGCGCGGCUGCUGACGCAGUGGAUCUACAGUCCGGACAUCCA